AUGAACCGCAUGGGGGGGGGUGGGUGGUUCACCUGGACGAGUUGGAGGAACUCGUGCCGCUGCCAAGGCAACGGGGCGGGGUGGAUCACCUGCUGCAGCACUUCAGAGUGGCGGCGGCAGCGGAGCGGCUCACCGAGACGCAAUCCCACGGCGAUGCCUUUAAAAAAGGCAAACCAGUUCCUGUGCGAUACUGGGGUGGAGGUUCGGGCCGAAUCUGAUCAACUCAGGCGCCGUGGGGCAGAGGAUUGGUCUGGAGGAGACGUACGUGCGCCCGGGGCUUAUGCUGUACGGCCCGUGCAGCGUCACCAGCAGGCAGUUAUGGGCUGUGAGGCCUGCGAGUUGCUUCUACACUAA